AUGACAACUACAACAGCUACUCCAGUAGUUAGCUUACCGAAAAAUAAAACAGGAUCUUUCGCUGGUGAUACUUUACAGGAAACAAAAUCAAUAAAAAGUCUAACAAUUUCAUUGUUACGUCAAUCUCGUAAUGUGGGCUCAACUACUCUAUCAUUAGUGCCAACUGAAAAAAGUCGAGGUAAAAUUCAACAGUACUAUAAAAUUGAUGAAAUAAAUACAAUGAAAAAAGAGGGAAAAUCGAAUGUUUCAAUAAAUAAAGAUGUGAUCCGAAAUGGUUUUCGACCGUCGCCCAUACGUCGUCAAAAAUUGUAUGACACCAAUUCAACAACGCAUCGAGAUUUAAAGGCUUCAUCACCAAAACAAUCACUUAUUCCAUCGCAAACUUCAAAUAAAUUACGCUCAGACAUGAAUCAAUCUAAUAGAAAGUUAAAAGGACAAGCAGAUCUCAAUAAAAUUUGGCGAGGCCAACAAAAUCCAGAACGUGUUGGAACUCCACGUAGUAAUCUAUCCUAUACAACAACAUAUCGUGUUCCAUCUGCUUGUACUACCACUCAAGCAGCCGAUCGUAGUCAUCCACGUUUUCCAUCAUCGAUGACCACAGCUACUGUAAAUACACUUAGUUCAUUUUCAGCAGCCAUCGAUAUCUGUAGUAAAUCUACACAAAGUUUAUCGGGUAUCAGUGAAUCAUCACGAGUACUCAAUGAAGAAAAUACGAAUCGAGAUGAACUAGAUCAUCAUGUGACUCAUGCUUAUCAAAUUCCACAACAAUCCAAUGUUGGAUCUGAGAGUAUAUUUACGUCACGCUCACCGACAGCACCAUUUUCAGUCAAAGCAAAUCCUAAAAACCCUUUUCGUCGUUCUAAAGGGCCUAAAUCGGUAACAUGUCCAUUCUAUGUUAUGUAUUUUACUAAUUUAACUACGCAAAAACAACCGAUCAAUAAUAAUCAAAAGAAUAAAUCUCGUUUAUUGAUACCAGCCACACGAGUACAUUUAGCAACUGCCUAUUCACGUUCAAGUACAUCCUAUUCACGUUAUCGAUCGGCAAAAACACGUCUCAAUACUCCUGUAACAAUAAUUGCAAAUUCAGCAAUGAAUGACGAUGACGAUGACGAAACAAAUGCAACAUUGUACUAUAAUAACAAACGUUUCUCAGCUAAAAUAGCUGCAUAUGAAAAUGAAAAUUCAACUUUAUUAAAGGAUGUUCUACGGACUACAUCAUGGAAUCAUGUACAAAUGUAA